AGAAGAGCGACCGCGAGAGUGCUCGCUUGCAUUCUUCCGUCAACAAGCGUCCGAGGCGGAUCGUAAAAUUUACCAUUCCGCUCGAUUGUGCGGGUAACGAGCAAAAAUCAAUCCAGUCCGGUGUUUCAGUUGAAGUAGUGCGCGAAAAAACGGUAGAUCCUAUUUUUGGGGGAUCCAUUCAUGAAACUGUGGGUAGUAAAUGUGGACAGGAUGACGACAAAAGUGUCCCAUUUUCGGCAGUAGACUAUUUUAAGUGCAUUGAAAAAGUGCUUAGAAAAAAAAGACGACAACGUGUAUUGAAUGUAAAACGCGUGACGUGCGCGUUGACGGAAAGAGUGCGAGAGAAAGAGAAGUGCCUACUCCUGCAAGCAAGGAAAAAAAAUCGAUAAUUUGCCAUCCCUAGACCAUGGGAUACGACGAGGUGCUGACCCAUUUGGGUGGAUUUGGCCGGUAUCAGAAGAAAAUCUAUGUACUGCUUUGCUUGCCGGCAAUCUGCUGUGCGUUCCACAAGUUGGCCGGCGUGUUUCUGUUGGCAACACCCAAUUACCGUUGUAAGCUGCCCUUUGAAGUGGAGAAUGCGACCUAUGAACUGCCGCCAGAUGUUCUUGCCAUGUCAUACCCUAUGGAUACGUUAGCGAAACGAUACUCCACCUGUACCUACUUGAAUGCGGAUUUUACCGAGAGUUAUUUGAACGGUGGAACACCGGCUAAGGAUUUCGUCAGCUGUGACCAUUGGAUUUAUGACCGAUCCAGAUAUGAGAGUAGCACAGUAACCGAGUGGGAUAUGGUUUGCGAUCGAAGUUGGUUACGGGCGUCGGCCGAUUCGUUGUUCAUGGUCGGAGUCAUGUUGGGCAGUAUCAUCUUUGGAUAUCUCUCUGACAAAUACGGACGGAAGCCAAUCUUCUUCGCUUCGUUGGUGACCCAGGUUAUAUUCGGUGUACUUGCUGGAUUGGCACCGGAAUUUUUCACAUACACUAUCGCUAGAAUCCUGGUCGGAGCAACAACGUCGGGUGUAUUCCUGGUGGCAUACGUCAUUGCUAUGGAAAUGGUCGGACCCAAAGACCGUCUGUAUGCCGGAGUGGUCUGCAUGAUGUUCUUCUCUGUCGGUUACAUGCUGACAGCGGCAUUCGCUUACUACAUCCACGAUUGGCGAACCUUGCAAAUCGCCCUUACAUUGCCAGGGAUUGUGUUUCUGUCUUACUGGUGGUUUAUUCCGGAAUCGUCUCGCUGGUUGAUAUCUAAUAACCGACCAACGGAAGCUAUCGAGCUUAUUAAGAAAGUAGCAAAGUCUAACAAAGUAACCGUUCCAUCCGACGUUCUGGAUAAACUCAUGGAAGAGGAUAAGGUGGCUUUGGAAACGGACAAGAAUGAGGCUAAACCUGGUCUGCUAGACAUUUUCAAACAUCCGAAUCUUCGACGAAAAGCUCUGCUCAUCUUUUUCGAUUGGUUCGUCAACAGCGGAACUUACUAUGGACUUUCCUGGAACACUAACAAUCUCGGUGGAAAUCCUUUGCUGAAUUUCGUUAUUAGUGGAGCGGUGGAAAUUCCGGCGUACACCUUUCUACUGCUAACCCUGAACCGAUGGGGACGUCGUACGAUCCUUUGUGGCUGUAUGAUCUUUGCCGGAACCAUGCUCCUAUCGACUAUGUUCAUCCCGGACAAUUUGUCUUGGCUUAUCAUCGUCAUGGCCAUGCUCGGGAAACUUGCCAUCACCUCUAGCUACGGAACGGUUUACGUUUUCUCGGCCGAACAGUUUCCUACGGUCAUACGAAACGUGGCACUCGGAGCAGCCUCGACUUCAGCUCGUGUAGGUGGCAUAUUGGCACCGUAUUUCAAUCUUCUUGGUGACUACUGGCAACCCCUGCCGUUGCUGAUCUUCGGAGCGAUGUCAUUCGCCGGUGGAUUACUGUCACUGUUGUUACCGGAAACGCACAACCAGAAGCUCCCGGAAACGAUUGCCGACGGUGAGAAUUUCGGUAAGGUGAAGACGAUACCCGAUGAAUUGGACCGGGAUCUCGAGAAGACACCGGAAGAGUUGCAAGGAUUAAAUACAACCGGUUUGUCUCCGCCAUCGCAGGGAGAAUCCAACGGAAUGGAUGCUGUGACUCGUGCAAACGAAAAGCGAUCGCACCAUGAUUCGGACCACGAUGACGGUCAGGAGGGUAAAAAUUGAACGUGUGGAAAAUUUCCUUGCAGCAUAGGCAUUUGGUACUUUUACUAUUAAGUAUUCACCAGAUUUAGAUCGCUAGUAUAGAUAAGAGACUGGAACCGAAUCGACAGUUGGCUGAGAGAAACGAGCAAAGUUACUAAGUCUAAUCGAUUAUAUGUUUAAAAUAUGUGGGGAAAUCGGUUUUCUCCUAGGGGGCAGUUGACGGCCAUGUAUCGUAUGAUAUUUUUUUGUUGUUUUCUUCACCUGCAUCACACGUUCCAUACGAGAUGUUGAAGAGGUUGAAGCUGUUUAUUCAGCAGUAAUGGGUAGAGAGAAAAAGAAAAUAAUACCAUAUGUACCUUCAGCUGCCUAACCCCUCUCUGGCGGAGCAAAUGAAAGCCCACAGAGGCAUGCUUGUGUGUGAUUCCUAGCAACCACCAUUUACCUCUUUCUCACAAUUCGCACUAUAAUUUUCGCGCAUCUGGACUGAAAAAUAACCACACAUAAACUGGUUUGCCAGAUUCGUCCUAAAAGAAGAAGAAGAAGACCGUUUCCGAAACGAUUCGGCAUUUGGUUUUGGACAUGGUUGUUACUUAUCAGGGUAAAUUAUUUCGAGGUCUUCAGAUAUUGGGUCACGGAAGAUUGUUCGGAAUGCCUCUGUACCACGAUCUAUAUUCAAUUUUUAAACGAAAAAAAAAUCUCAUCUUUGUCACGUAUCACCAGAGAAGCUUAAUGCUCCAGAAGCAUUAUUCCCUGCGGUGUGAAACAUAUAUAUAUCUUCUCAUUUGCAAUUCCUGAAAAUUGUUGUGGAAUUAAAAGAUCAGUGGCACCAUUUAUCAGACUCCGUAUAUUAUCAUUUGAUAGGCAUCCAAGGUAUUUGCUUGAGAGGAAGAGCAAGUGAAGAAAAAACUGCACAUUUUUGUGUGUUUCUGGUUCUCGUUUAAAGUUUUUCAAUUUUUGUGUAAAGAAAAAAAAACCGCAACGUACUUUGUUCAGCUGUAUUACCUGUGAAAAUGUGCGAUGAAAAGGUUUUAAUACGCAAAAAAGGUCAUAAAUAUAACUACGCGAUUCUACUCUGAGAGCACAUUUUUUCUUACUCUACGCCUGAACGAUUACGACCAGCUGUGCUCACAUUCCAAUUAGUACUAAAGUGUUUGUUUUAAUAAUAUUUCAGCGGCCGUCGUGAUAGUUCGGGUUAGUUAGUAAAGUUAGAACCACACUGUAGAAGUAUUACACAACAACAAAUCGUUCCUCAUCAUAGUAGGCUUAUCAUUCAUGAGGUCAAUGCAUUUUGAAUCGUCUGCAAAAAAAAGUAUUGAAUCAUUGAUCACAAUCUUAUCGCAGCCUACUAUACAAGAGCAAUUAUACCAACGGGAAACAAAGGGAAUUCACGUGUUUAUCACGCAUUAACUUGAACAAUCUUCCAUUGAAUGAAUGUGCUUACAGUUCAAAGAAAACUAUCAAUUUAAAUAUAGUAAACUUGCUCGUUUAUUCCUCAAUGCGCAGCAGAAAGACUCUCACGAAACAAAAACAAAUCAUGCAACUGUAUUGUGUGUGUGUUGACAUCUUCAUCAUUGAAUAAUUGAUAUUUUAUAGCAUGUACAUUGGCUGAUAAGUGAUAUGGUUAACAGUUUCUGAUUCGUAUGUAUACUUUCUGAUUAUGGCUUUGUGACAAACGCACUUAUAUACACUGAGAACAGUUUUACAGAAGAAAAAAUCACACAAAUUCAAGCCAGAAUUAAAGCAGAUUUUUUUGAGUACUUACUUCCAAUAUUACCAUGCGUAUUGCAUAACUGUGUUCCUAAAAGUGAUCUUCUUCUACCGGGAGAGAUUGACGGUCAAAUUGCCAGUAACUUUCUGUUGUGAUCGAAUACUUUCCCAGAUGUUGAAGUUCACUUCUCAAAACGAUUUAAUUCAAGCUCAAUAUGUUGUUAUUGUUCAGGAAAUUUCAUGUUUCGAAUAAUUUUAAACUCUUUUUUGUUUUGCCAAGUUACUGUACUUGCAUCAGGCUGGUUUUCCUAAUGUUGACUGAAGAAAUACAUUAGAAUUCCAACGUUAGAAAAGCAAACGAUCAGUAUCAAUAUAGUCAGUAGUAGCAGUGCAGAAUGUAUACUGUGUAACUUAAGCAUAUACAAAGAUUUCUACAAUUGAUCGAACCAAGUACUUUUUGUGUUAGAAUUAGUUUAGAGUACAAUCAUUGAUAAGAUGUGGAAAUGUAUUAGGUAGACUUCGCUUUUGGAUAGUUUUUUUCAAUUGUCAGUAUAAUAAAAGGUAACAACAUUGAAUAAAGCCUUCUCGUCUCGUG